UACAAUACAAGAAGAGGUCACAUACUGAGACCUUCCUCUCUCUUUCUGUCUCUCUCUCUUUCUCUUUCUCCAUUGCACCUUCCCUUCUUCUUUUCUCUGUCAUUUGUGAGAUUCCUUCACUGCCCUUUCCUCUUCCAUUGGAUUGUACAAAUUCCUACCUUCAACACCCAAAUUCUAUUUGAUUUGUGUUAAAACUUUUUAAGGACUGUAAAACAAACUCUUCUUUCUGGGUCUAUUGUAUUGGCUUCUGCUUCUUUUAUUUUUGCAAACUCUCUUCUGGGUUUGCUGCAGAAUAAAGCCUUCAAUACCCACUACUGCACGCCGCAUAAGCCUUCUAAACAACUGUUAUAUUUUCAGAAAAAAUUAUUUUUUUAAACUUUUUUUUUGUCAAUAAAUUAUUUUUCCCCUUUUUCUGCAAAUUUUUUUCACUUAUUUUUCCCCCCUUUUAACUUGAGGAAAAGAUUGAGACAUGGGUAAGCAAGGGCCUUGCCAUCACUGUGGAGUUACAAGCACCCCACUUUGGCGUAAUGGGCCACCUGAGAAGCCAGUACUAUGCAAUGCAUGUGGAUCUCGAUGGAGGACAAAGGGAACACUUGCAAAUUAUACCCCUUUACAUGCUCGGGCAGAGAAUGUUGAUAGUGAGGAUCAAAAGGUUUCCCGAGUAAAGAGCAUAUCAUUAAAUAAGAACAAAGAAGAGAAAUUAGUCAAACGAAAGCAGAACUAUGAUAAUGCUGCAUCUGGAGGGUUUGUCCCUGAUUAUAAUCAAGGAUAUCGAAAGGCUGUGGAUGAAGAUACCAGCAAUAGAUCAAGCUCAGGGUCAGCUGUCUCUAACUCAGAGAGCUGUGCCCAAUUCGGUGGCACGGAUGCUAGUGAUUUGACAGGUCCUGCUCAGUCAGUGGUCUGGGAUGCCACGGUGCCUUCAAAAAAGAGGACAUGUGCAGGUCGUCCAAAGCCUUCUUCUGUUGAGAAGCUCACUAGAGACCUGUGUACUAUUCUUCAUGAACAACGGUCUUAUUUUUCUGCAUCUUCUGAAGAUGAUCUUCUUUUAGAAAGUGGUACACCAAUGGUCUCUGUUGAGAUAGGACAUGGAAGCAUUCUCAUUAGGCAUCCUAGCUCUAUAGCUCGUGAUGAAGAGUCCGAGGCUAGCUCUCUUUCAGUUGAUAAUAAACAAUGCCUAAUGAAUGAGGCAUAUUCAUGUUCUGGUACCAUUCCAAUGCAUUGUGAUCGCAGUGGCAUGAACUUCUCAUCUCAUGGAAUUGAAAAGAUCAGAAACUCGGCUGGCCAAGGCAUGCAACAAGAGCAACGUGAUAGGGACAAGUCUCAUCUUGAAAAACUUCAGGUUCCUGGAAAUCAUGACUCACCGUUAUGCGUAAUAGAUUUAAAUGAUGUAGUGAACUAUGAGGAGUUUAUGAGAAACUUGACAAAUGAAGAGCGGCAGCAAUUACUGAAGUAUCUCCCCAUGGUUGAUACUGCUAAAUUUCCUGAUAGCCUUAAAAACAUGUUCAAUAGCUUCCAAUUCAAGGAGAACUUGACUUAUUUUCAGCAACUUCUCUGGGAAGGUGUCUUUGAUAUAUCUAUGUUGGGGACAAAACCUGAAGAAUGGAAGACAAUGAAAAGGCUUGUGUUAUCUAAUCUGUCAAAGUCAAAAUGGGUGGAGCACUAUAACUUUCUCAAGUUUUUUGAUCGGAUUGGUUUGGUCUUGAACACCCAUAUUUACAUUCUUCUAUGGGUGCAGAAAUAUGAAAACAAAGAUGGAAAAGCUAUUGAUCCUGGAUCUACGGGUAUGGAAUUAAGUAAUGUUACAAAUGGCAAGAGAUUGCGUGAAUGUGACGGCCGAAAUCAAAAUUUUCCAGAAUUGAAGACAGCAAUGAGGAGCCCCAAAAGGGUGAUCAUAAAGGCUAGCAGUGAGAGCAAAGAAGAAGUAGAAGAAGGCUCUAGCUUCAGUCCAAAAAGCCUAUUUGCUUUACCCCAUGGUGUUAGUGGCUUGGACAUGCUGGAUUCUUUAAACUUUGUUGGUGAGAGUUCUGAGGAUUUGCUGUUAGAGGUGCCAUCUAACAGUUCUUUUCCACAGGCAGAGCUCCUGCACCCAACUUUUUGCUAUGGUGCUCAGGUCAGCACCACUAGUAGCUCAGUACACUCACCUAAUACUCAUCCUUAACUAAUCUUUACUAGGUUAUUUGGAUGGGUAUGGACAGAAUAUUCAGUCAUAAUUAGGGUCCACAUGUUUUACAUUUGAAACACCAAAAUAUUCAUGUACAAGAGGAUAUGGUGGUUGUGUUUAUGUUUCCUUGCAACCUUGAGCUUGGAUUGCCAAAGGAUGGAAGUUUAAUGGGCUUUUUUUUUUUUUUUUU